AUGGAGUUAAACCACUUGAUCCUUAACACCCAUGGAGAAACGAUAAGUUCACAGCCAGCAGUCACAGUGCUUACUGCUGGGGCCAUGUUCCCCCUCAUUGUUCAAAUUACACGCUGCAUUCCAAAUCUACGUAUCAUUCCAGAACACGUGAGGAAUAGGGAAGCCUUAGCUGCCAAAGACGACGGGCCAAUUCGAGAAUCUCGGAUGCAAGCCGUAAUGAUUCCCAGGAAGCCAAUCGACACUGUCAAAGACGCACCAGACUCCUCUACUGCCGCUGUGCCGGAAUCGCGAGCUCGGGAAUCUGGUGCUCUUGUGCCUUCAGGAUCCCAAUCACGUAUGCUUGCUGUGGUAAUUCCUAAGAAAAGUGUCACACCUCCGGACGUUCCUAUGCCUGUGCUUCCAGUCAAACAGCUUCCUGGACCGCCGCAGCCUUGUCUUCUGCUUCCGCCUCCGGGCGAUACUUCUGGGAAGUUUGGGAAUGGUAAGGAAGCAUAA